AUGGCGGGGCGGCCGGCGGCCUCGCGCUCGCAGUCCCCGGACCCCGACCGAGCGGCGCCCAAUGUGGUGGCGCAGAUUUCACAGUGGGCAGACGACCACCUGCGUCUCGUCAGGACAUCAAAAUUUACAAGCUCCUCAGAUAUUCCAGUAGAAUUUAUAAGAAGAAAUGUUAAACUACGUGGACGGUUACGCCGAAUAACUGAGAAUGGUUUAGAAAUUGAACAUGUUCCUAUUACUUUACCUAUAAUAUCUUCAUUGAGAAAAGAGCCUUGCGGUGCUUUGCUGGUUAAGCUGGCUGGAGUAGAACUCACUGAAACUGGGAAGAUAUGGCUACAAAAAGAGCUAAAACCUUCCCAACUACUAUGGUUCCAACUUCUUGGAAAGGAGAAUUCAGCACUCAUUUGUUACCUUUUAGUGAAUAAGGGAGGCUAUUUUAGUGUGAGUCUGAAUGAAGAAAUUUUGAGACGAGGUCUUGGCAAAACUGUUCUUGUUAAAGAGCUUAAUUACGAUUCUAAAAUCUAUUGGACCAUUCAUAGAAACCUACUUAAAGCUGAGUUAACAGCUGUCAAAAAAGGAGAAGGAAUAUGGAAGGAAGAAUUUGAAAAAGAAAACUAUUUGGAAAAAUUCAAAGAUUCCUGGAGAGAAAUAUGGAAAAAAGACAGUUAUUUAAAAACACCUGGAUCAGAUUUCAACUUGAAGAAAGGAAGUUAUUACGACAAACUUAGAAGGACUUAUGAAGUGUGGAAAGACACCAUGAAUAGCUACUCCUUGAUACGGAAGUUCAGGGAACUUGUACAUCGCAUACGCUUUCCUAGAAAAGGGUGAAUUAUCCAAGAGGUCUGGAGGUGACCUGCUCUGAACAGUAAAAUCUAUAAAUGUGUGGACAUUUUUCUUGAGUCAAAAUGGAAAUUUCCCUAAAUGAUCAAAGUUGCAGUCUAAUGAAAAAUGAAGCAGUCUAUAAAAAAGUUGAAUGAAGAGGAUUUCUAGACUGAAAAGGAUUUACAAAUGUAAUGCUGAUGUUUGAAGGUAAAGUUUAACUGUUGGCUAUUGUGUUAUUUUAGUUAUUUUGGG